AGAACGGCAAAGUGAACCGAAACAGAUGAAGUGAAGUUGGAAAACCCUAACAAUCCAAAAGGGAAAAAUGAAGACCUUCGUCUUCAUGGUUCCUGUAACUAAUCUCCUGAGGAGAUCCUGCUCAUCAACAACCAUUAGCAGAACUAUACCACUCACAGUCCACUGCAAUUUGACAUUCACAAAAUCCAUGUCUCAAUCCACCUCCAUUCCCAAGAAGCUCGAUAGAGUAAGGGAUCAUGGCUACGACAACUACAUGGAGGUUGAGAAGAAGGUCAGAAAAGUCCUCAAGUUCCAGUCCUUGAUUCUCUCCCAGCCCAACCAAACCGUCCCAAUCACUCGCCUCGAUACACUCGUUCGCCCCCUCGGCCUAGGGUUUAAGCAGCACGAGGCCGGAGCAUUUCUCCUCAAAUUACCUCAUGUUUUCGACAUAUAUGAGCAUCCGGUUCAAAGAAUCCUCUAUUGCCGAUUGACCCGAAGAGCAUUGGCUCAAAUCCAGCAAGAAAAUGAUGCGCUCAACGCUCAGAUCCCCGACGCCGUUACUCGUCUCCGGAAGCUCCUCAUGAUGUCCAAUACGGGCCGUAUCCGUCUCGAACAUGUCCGGAUUGCGAGGACUGAGUUUGGUUUACCAGACGAUUUCGAGUACUCCGUAGUCCUCAAGUACCCUCAGUUUUUCAGAUUGUUCGAUGCCGAAGAGACUAGGAAUAAGUACAUUGAGAUUGUUGAUAGAGAUCCUAGUUUGACUGUUUGCGCCAUAGAGAAAGUUAGGGAGAGGGAGUAUAGAGAAAAGGGUAUCGAUGCUGAGGAUGUUAGGUUUUCAUUUCUUGUGACUUUCCCGCCUGGAUUCAAGAUCGGCAAGUACUACAGGAUUGCAGUGUGGAAAUGGCAGCGGGUUCCUUAUUGGUCACCUUACGAGGAUGUUUCUGGUUAUGAUUUGAGGUCACUUGAGGCACAGAAGAGAAUGGAGAAGAGAGCUGUGGCGACCAUUCAUGAAUUGUUGUCAUUGACUGUGGAGAAGAAGAUAACGUUGGAGAGGAUUGCACACUUUAGGAUGGCAAUGAAUUUACCCAAGAAAUUGAAAGAUUUUCUUCUCCAGCACCAGGGGAUAUUCUACAUUUCAACACGGGGGAAUUAUGGGAAGCUUCAUACUGUGUUUCUCAGGGAGGCCUAUAGGAAAGGGGAAUUGAUAGAGCCAAAUGAUUUGUAUUUGGCGAGGAGGAAAUUGGGGGAACUGGUAUUGAUUAGCCCCAGGAAAGCCAAGGCAGAUAAGGAAUUAGUUAGCAAUAGGAGAGAUGAAGAGGAUGAGGAAGAACUUCAGUAGAGAACGGAAAGAUUUCUAUGUUUGGAUACCUUAUAUUGAUGGUUUUCUAGCGGGAUGACUUCAGAGAAAGUACAAGUUGAUUCAGGCAUAAAUUUGAGGACAUUAUUCAAAGAGCAACUCUUUUCGAAAUCUCAUAAGGGUGUCGAGUUGGAAUCUUCUUCCAACUAAGGAUUUCUUGUACUUCGGCAGGAUCCAAGGGAGAGCCAGGAAUGUAUAGCUUUUUCACCUUUUGCACAGGUUCUGUCUGAACUUUCAUUGAGAAGAUUUGGAACUAGAGACUUGUGCCUGAUUUUGUUCCUAAUUCUUCUUCAAGAAGCUGUGAAGAAGCCGGUAAAAGAUCAUAGAUUUCAAUGCUAUUUCAGAGUGGAAAAGUGAUGUAAGGUGGAUGAGUAGGGUCAAUUGCAAAGUAAUUCUCUCCUGUGAUUCUGGAAAUUGGGUAGAACUAUCAAGCCAUCAUUAUCUCAUAAAUUAUGUAGUUGGUAUAUGCUGGAUGUGAGAAAGGAAUUGGGUGGAUUUUGUACGAAGAGUAAAAGGAGUCAAAGGGUAUAUGCACCACUAUGAACUUACUCUCUACUUCAAUGGAUUUGCUGUAUAUCCUGGACGAUUUGGGUUUUGGGUGAAAAUAAUAUUGAAUUUUGCAGUCAAGCCAUCAUUCUUCUUUUUAGACAACUCUAUGGGACGUGCAGAUCUCUUUGCUUUUGCAAAAAGACUGAAAUUUCUUUUAACAAAUAAGUGUAAUAGUUCUUCAGCAGGCAUUUUUCAGAUAGCUUGCUGUAAGAUUCAAAAUCUGAUCAACGGGGAUAUUGCCAUAUGAGCUUUAGGCUCUUGGUUCUUCUGGUGGGUCUUUGACAGUGAAUGAAUAUGUUCAAAUAGAUCGAUGCAAGCGGGUGUACCUGGAAUUGUUUUUAUAUCCAUGGCCGAGUUUUCUCCUGGGGUUGUGAUGUUACUUGUAUCCUUACCCAUCCCUGUAUUUUCUAUCAUAUAGCACCUGAAAACAGUGAUGUUAUUACCUGUCUGGAAAUUUGAUCAAUUUUCUAUAUAUGCAGAUUGCUGCAGGCGUGAUAAACAGUAACAUGUUGCUGAAAAAGUGUUUUUUGGUGAGGAAGACUACCCAAAGUUGGUAUGUGUUCCAAAAAACAUGUUUGUACUGUGAUCAAUUAUAUGAAUGUCUUUGAAUUAUAAGGUGUGAAAUUGAAAGACAAA